AUGAGCUCCUCGGAACCUCAUACCCCCGGUCUGAUGAAACCACACAUUUGCUGCUACACGCAUGGAAAUCUUGACACAUUGCACAAUGCUUCCACAUCAUCGCGCGCCGAAUUAGGUUACGCGGAACUCUUCAUCGAGGUGAAGCCAGACAUUGCUCUAGACUUUUUUGUCGACCCCCCGGCGGACGCCACCAGCAAAGAACGCGGUACCCACGACUUCUUCGCACGUUUCCGCGACGACAACCUCAAACGCCGAGCUGAGAGAGCGUUCGGACAGCAUAUCACGUAUGCGUUGGAAAUACAAGCCCGCCAGCACCGUGUGCACCUCUUCUCGAUCUCCAUCGCUGGUUCUUAUGCUCGCCUUCUGCGGUGGGAUCGCUCUGGAAUAAUCGUCACCGGAUCAUUCGAUCUCCUCGUUCGCCCUGAUCUGCUCAGCGAAUUUCUUGCCCGCUUCGCCUUCGCAUCCGAACACGAGCGCGGUCACGACGGCUCUGUGGAGGCGGCCAGCCCGCAAGAGGAGCUGUUGUUUCGAGACGUUGUGACGAAAUAUGUCCAGAAUCAGCUGGACCUCGCCGAUGACGAUCUUACUAGAGCGGUGGCCGAGCACUACCAGGAGGGUUGCGUAUAUGCGAUGCGCGUGUCCACCAAGGAUCCCGCCACGCCUGCCGUCGAGCGCUAUCUAGUCUCUAGGCCCGUCACUUCCCCCUUGCAACUCGUUGGUCGAGCGACCCGUGGACAUUGGGCCGUACAUGCAGAUACUGAGCGUUUGGUCUUUCUGAAAGAUAUAUGGAGACGGCGUGGAGAACAGGAAGGUACCGUUAUUGCUGAUCUGAAUGCCGCCGGGGUCCGCAACGUCCCACAGUUUGUGGCCCAAGGCGACGUGUAUCAGCAUCCCUCUGUUCUUGACAAGACACCGCCGGUACAACGCACGGAAACAGAUCGCUACGAUACACAACCCUGGGUCUGUCCCAUACGUGGCGCGCACGUCUCGGUGUCCACCCACAUCCACUACCGGCUUGUUGUUGGAACGGUCGGGUACCCACUGCGACGCUUGAAAGGUACCGAUGAACUCCUAGACAUCAGCAUUGGCAACAUCGUCCUCGUGAAGGAACCAGGCUGUGGCACGCGCAAGGGCUAUCUCAUCGACUGGGAGACUUCCUCCGCUGUCGAUUCCGAAGGACACUCGCUGGACAGCACUAGAACAGGCACAUGGAAGUUCAUGUCCUCCAAAGUGCUGUCCAAGCCCGAGCUUCCCCACACGCUCGAAGACGACAUGGAGUCCCUCCUCUACGUCGUCCUCUACUGCGCCCUCCUCUACCUGCCGCACAACCUCGACGACGAGAGCCUCGAGACGGUCAUCCAGCGGCUGUUCGACCACUCCGUGCAAAUCAAAGGCGUGCUCCGCGGUGGCUCCGGCAAGGUCGCCAACAGGGCAGCGCGCACGCUCACCGAGCGCAUCAAGUUCGCGAACCCGGACCUGCAGAAGUGGCUCGACGACGCCAUGGACCUGCACGGCCGCGUCGGCGUACCCUCCGCACAAUCGUCUCUCAUCUGGAGGGAGCCCGAGAAUUUGGACAAGCUUUGGCGCGAUUUCUUCGCGACGCACCAGGCGCUCGCUCGUGGGGACAGAGUCGAGAACGCGCUGCCCGACCCCCCGACGUUCCGCAACAAACCGGAGAGCUCGCUCGUCACGUUCGUCCCGCCUCCACGGCCGAUGCCCCCCACCAACAAGACAGGUGAAGACGCAGCCCCCAUUGGACAUGUUGGGGGAGCUCUUGGUCUCAGACGCCGUCGGGAGGACGCCUCUGGCUUUGAGACCGUGCGCCGCAGCGACAGAAUCCGCAAUCGCUCAUCUACUGCUGUGGCGCCGCCAGCAAAACGAGCAAAGCUGGCAGGAACUGUAAGGAAGCCACAUCAUGCUGCGAGCGCGAACUCGCGGAAACGCACAAUGACAGACAGCUGA